AUGCUGCAUAAUAUAAGAGAGCCUCAAUCGCUUUCUCGAUAUAUAACAUGCAUCCAAUCAUUUCAAAGGUACGGUCCAAACCAAUCUUUCCGUUGCAUAACAUACCUACAUGACAAUUCAGUUAAAGUUCGUGGUAUCAAGAAAGAUCCAGUAACGUAUUUCAAGAAUCCUCAUGGCCUCAAUUAUUCGGAUCUGCAAGAGUCUAAAUAUCACGAUAAAAUACGUGAACGUUUCCAUUUUGACAAAUUUCAUAUCAAGUUGAAUGCUAAUAUAAUCUUACAAUGUUUAACACAUAAGUCAUUUGCACAUGGGAAAGUCCCAUAUAAUGAAAAAUUGAAUCUUUUGGGCUCACAAUUUUUAAAAUUUCGUAGUUCAAUUUACACUUUGAACCAAACAAAAUCAUUUAAUAGCUUAGGCUCCAAAGAUUCAAGAAAUAUGAUACAUAGAGAUACUUUAAGUCAGGUAAUUAAAGAUUUGGGGCUUAGACCCAUGGUUUUUUGGAAAAAGAGAGAUCCUGUGAGAGGUGCCACAUAUAACGGUGAAGCUACUAUACUCUCAACAGUAUUAAACUCCCUGGUAGGAGCUAUACUGAUUAUAAACGGAGAAACAAAGGCUACUAAAUUUGUUGACGAACUCCUCCUCAAUAAGAACAGUAAACAUUCAUUAAUCAAUGCCACCAAAGAUAAAAUCAUCGAAGAAGAAGAUAAAUAA